AUGUAACCAAUAUUUAAAAGUCCAACAAGAUCUCGUCACGUCUCUCCUACCCAUACACCCCCUCCCACGGUUUUUAACAAACAUCUCUGACCUCACCUAUGUGUACUGAUUUCCCUUCCGUGUUCAGUCUCGUUCUCUUUGAAUCAUCGAUAUCUAACGCUGGGAUCUAUACGACAGGUAUGCCUGAAAGUGAAAUUUCGGUGUUGCAGGCAAGGUAAGCAUCUUCAAUUCCCGGGUUGGAGUCGGAUUUGUCUUGUUUUUCUGAUUCAUGUUGGGAGUCUGGUAAUAUUUUUGUUCCUCCGUCGAGAUUUCUCAUAUAUGCUUUAGGAUUUUGAAUAUUGGUCGAUGGGAGGCUUCUUUAGGGUUUCUGGUACAGCUGCUUUUGUGCAGUUUUUAUUUGGAUUUCGUUUUUGUUGAUUCGGAGAGGAAAUAGUUGAAUUUAGCGUUUUCUGCAUUCGUUGUUGAAUGAGAUGAAAGAGGACUUCGUAGCUCGUGAUCGGCGUUUGAAGCUGGAGAAGGAUAGGGUGCCUUCGGGCAGAUUGAUCAUCAAGAAGAAAGCGAAUGAGAGCAGUACCGGUGUUUCUUCUGGGAAACAGAAACUGUUCGAUUCGAAGAAGGAGAAGAAGAGAAAGCGAUUGAUACUGGCUGAUUCUGAUUCUGAUUCUGAUUCUGAAAAGGACGCUUUAGUUUCUCCAGGUAGAAUGGUUGUCUGCGGAACCAGUCGAGAUAGUAAUGGCUUUGCUGCUGCUAGUGUAGAUUAUUCUAAAAGCAGGGGAGAUUUUGAAAGUGAUAAGAAGAGAAUUAGGUCGGAACCCAUUAAAGGUAGAGAAGAUGCCAAGAUUACUAUGAACAGAUUUUCUGGAGGUGAAAUUGAAAGGAAGAGAAGUAAGCUGGAUAUUUUUGAAUACGAUGAUGAUCCCAUAGUUGACACAAGAAAGCCUGGGAAGGCACCUUUUGAUGGUGAUGCAAUUGGUACAGGAAGGAAUAAUAAUUUGAGCUUGAAACUCCGGGAGCCGAGUGGUGGGCGGAAGAAACUUGGAAAUGAGGGUAGCAGAAGCACCGUGGUUGAGAAGAGGAAAAAAACUGUUUUUGACAGGACUAGUGGGUUGUUAAUUGAACAGGAAAGAGGAAUUGAUCGUUUGAAUAAGAAGAACAAGUUUGAGGUGAAAAGGGAUGGAGCAUUUCAUCCUGUUGGCAUGCUGAGGGAGAAAUCAAAGGAUUCUGGUAAUGAAACUAUCAGGCUGCCUGGUAAAAAUGGUGUCCUGAAGGUGAUGAUCAAGAAUAAGAAGAAGGUUGUUGGAUCUGGGGAACCUUUUAGUCGCCAUGAAACUGAGGAAAAUGGAAAGGAUUCUGAAUAUGGAAAGAUUUCCAUUUGGAACACACCACUCCAUCCUCUUCAUUUGAAAAAGAAAUUCCGUGAUGAACCUGAUUCUUUUGUGACAAAGAACCUGCCGAAUAUGCAAAAAUUCUCAUCAGCUAAGAGCAAACAAGUCUGUGACUGGAAAAUGGAGGAUAGCGAUACAUCAUCAGAGCUGGAUUCAAAAGAGGACAUGUGUAGUUCCAAGAAAGUGGUAAAGGGCAAAGGAAUCAAGAUUCCAAAAGAUGAAAUCCCCUCAUCAACUCGAAGGGAGGAAAGAGAAAAACGUUCUGGCACAGAGAAGCAGUUACUAAGAAAUCGCAUAAGGGAUAUACUUGUCAGUGCAGGCUGGACAAUUGAUUUUAGACCUAGGAAGAAUAGGGACUACUUGGAUUCAGUGUACAUCAGUCCUGCAGGAACAGCUUACUGGUCUAUAGUAAAUGCUUAUGAAGCACUUAAAAAAGAACAUGAAGAGAACUGUGGCAGCAAGUCUAGUCAAUCCAAUUUUGUAUUUACUCCAAUACCAGAUGAAGAACUUAGUAAACUAACAAGGCAGACACGUAAAAAGAUUGAGAAGGAAAUGAAAAAGAAACUCAAAAACAACAAAGGGAUUAAGAGUGUGAAAGAAACCACACAAAAGAAAUCUGCAAAAAAUAAGCAAAUCAUAGAGAGCACUGGGAGAAGCAAAGAUAGAGAAGCACAGAGUUCACUCAUCAAGCAGACUGAUAAAUCACUGAAAGGGAGAAUAAAGGAUAAUGAUGUUCUUGAUCUAAUGGUAAAGGGCCUAUCUAAGGGUCAGAAAUCUACUCAAUCUUCUAAAGAAGUGGAUGAUGCAGAAACUCUUGCUGAUGAAGAGUGCAAUUCUAAUGUUGUCUCGCACAAGGGAAUGCCAAAGCAAGUUAGGGUUCAAAAGCCACACUUUGCAUCCCAUGCUCAUAGGCUACAGGGAAAGAAAAAUGAAAAGCCAAGUCGUUAUGCUUUGUUGGUUCGUGGAUCGAACAUUGGGAUAAAUCCAGAUGGUGAUGAUUUCAUCCCAUACUCUGGAAAACGAACUGUACUUUCCUGGCUUGUAGACUCUGGUACUGUUCCCUUGAGCGGGAAAGUGCAGUAUAAGAACAAGAGGCGCACAAAAGUGAUGCUUGAGGGCUGGGUUACCAGGGAUGGCAUUCACUGUGGUUGCUGUAGCAAAAUCCUCACAGUUUCAAAGUUUGAGAUUCACGCAGGAAGCAAGCUGCGGCAGCCAUUCCAAAAUAUUUUUUUAGAGACUGGGAUUUCCCUCUUUCAGUGCCAGCUUGAUGCAUGGAAUAGAAAAGAGGAUUCUGAAUGCCGUGGAUUCCAUUUUGUUGACUUUGAUGGUGAUGACCCAAAUGAUGAUACCUGUGGCAUUUGUGGAGAUGGUGGGGAUUUGAUCUGCUGUGAUGGUUGUCCUUCAACUUUCCAUCAAAGCUGCUUGGGUAUACAGACGCUUCCCCAAGGUGAUUGGCAUUGUCCAAAUUGUUCAUGCAAAUUCUGCGGGGGAGUUGGUAGUAGUACGGCUCAGGACGAUCCUGUAACACUACCCAAAUGCAGUCUCUGUGAGAAAAAAUAUCACCAGUUGUGUGUUAAGGAAAUGGAUGUUUUCCCUUUUGAUUCCAACAGUCCACAUUCUUCCUUUUGUGGGCACAAGUGCAAACAGAUUUUCGAGCAAUUACAGAAGCUUCUUGGUGUUAAACAUGAGGUGGAAGCAGGAUUUUCAUGGACUCUCAUUCAGCGCUCUGACUUGGACUCAGAUAUGUCUCCGCGUGUGCUGCCCCAAAGGGCUGAAUGCAAUUCUAAGCUAGCUGUUGCACUGGAUGUUAUGGAUGAGUGUUUUCUACCCGUUGUCGACCGGAGGAGUGGGAUCAAUUUGAUUCACAACGUUUUGUACAAUUGUGGAUCAAACUUUAAUCGACUGAACUAUAGUGGCUUCUACACUUUUGUUCUGGAAAGGGGUGAUGAAAUCAUCUCUGCAGCAUCCAUCAGGAUCCAUGGAACGAGGUUAGCAGAGAUGCCCUUCAUUGGGACUCGUCAUAUUUAUAGGCGUCAAGGAAUGUGUCGCUGGCUUCUAAAUGCAAUUGAGUCGGUACUCUGCUCUCUGACUGUGGAGAAACUGAUCAUACCUGCUAUCUCAGAACUUAUGCAUGCAUGGACUGUAGUUUUUGGUUUCAAGCCUCUUGAGGAGUCUCACAAACAAGAAAUAAGGUCCAUGAAUAUGUUAGUGUUCCCUGGUACAGAUCUUUUACAGAAGAUUCUACUGAAGCAUGACCUCUCUGAGGGGAAUGUUAAUGCUGCUGAAGGUUUCCAGGAUACUGGUGGUUCUUCACAUGAUACUUCCGCUGUGAUGUGCAAUGCUUCAGAUGUUCUUGGUGAAGCUACAUUGCAAGAUUUCAGGGAGAAAACCACGUCUUAUAAUUCUCAAGAAGCUGCCAUUGACUCUACAUCUCUCCUUCAUUCUGGUCCUGCACAAGAUGAGCUUGUGAAGGAAAACAAACGUCGGUUGGAUUCUGCUGUCACAUGUACUACUGUGUCUAGUUCAGAUGGCGAGGGAGAUGGUUCACACAAUGCAAAGUUUGAUGUUGCUGGCACUCAACCUGAUCUCUAUUCUCUAAGUGAAAUUUCUGUAAAGCAAACUAGCAACGCAAGUGAAUAUCAGAAUGUUAUUUCUGUCUCCAAUUUUUUGGCUACUGAAGAAAACAUCCAUGCAUCUGGUUGUGGUACAUCAGAGGUCUGUGAUGUGAAUACUGAAAUCGCUAUUUCAGAUCCUCAUUUGCAUCAUUCUGUGGACGAUGUUAAACAUCAAUAUACUGCUGUUAAAUCUGAAGCCAUGGAUGCUACUGCUACGCAUCGUUCACAAGUUUCCGGUGGAAAUGGUGUUUGCCAUCUCUCAGAGGAAACCAUUCAAAUCUGUCCUGAUAAUGUUCAACCCUUUUCUGCUCUUUCUCAGUAUGGUUUUCAGGGUUCCGGUGAAAGUUUGUUGCGUCAAGAUUCCAAGUUGCAAGAGGUCACAAAAUGCUCUCAUGAUACAUCUGCCAUAGUGACUGAUGCUCAUGGAAUCAUAAGUGAAGCUUUUACAGUUGAAAGCUACCCCCAAUUGCUGGGUGACGAUCCCUUCGUCGUUGAUCCCAAGUGUGAUAAUGUAUCAACAAUAGAGUGUAGAGGUUUUGGCACAAGUGGAUCAGAAAGUGUAGUGACUUCAGUUAUAGCUAAUCUCCAUGGUUUUUGUGGAGCUCCUGAACAUUAUUCUCCUCAUGCUACUUCAGAAUCUCCUUCACAGGUUCUAGGGCAGAGUAAUGGACUUUGUAAAUCUGAACCUGUGCAUUCCCCAGAUCAAAGUGUUACUCCAGGGGCAGAUGCUUGUGGUACAACUUAUUUUGAGUCGAACCAUCAGGAUUCUAGUGAAGAUAAGGUGCAUGAAGACACUGAUGGUGAAUAUGAUUACCCUGCUCCUGUUGGUGGUUCUUUUUGUUGGAAGUCUGGAAUUGUCAGUAAAUCUUUAACUUCAACUGAGUCUAAUUCUCAAGUUGCUCAUGUGGAUGACAUGCAGCGUAAUUCUGAGUUCCUGUGUGACAACACCCUUCCUCUUUCUGGUGGAGGUAGUGCAUAUGAUCUUCCAGAGGUGAUUAUUGGAUCUAACCAGGCAACUUAAGUUUAUUCCAAGCAAAUGCUUGAGCAUGUUGUGAGUGUAUUUGGAACGCUACAUGUAACUCCAUUGUGAAGUUUUAAGUUAAUUUAGAUGCUUCUUACAGACUCAGAUGUUCAGUUGAAAUGAAGUAUGGAUGAUGAAACCCUGUGACAUUGUUUGAGCAGCGUAGAUACCAUAUCUGUUAUAUAAUUUACUGCCCCUGCAAAUUCCUUAACAUCUCGUGGUAGGGCUUCUUCAGAUGGUGGUUUUCUUCUGUACUGAACACGGAAUAGGCUGGGAGCCAAAUAUUUGUUUGGGUGGAUUACUGAGUAGUAUGAAGCUCCCAUACUGCAUUAUACUGUACCUUGAGAUGGAAUGUUCUGGGACUCUGGUUGGGAGAUCAAUGUGCUUAUUCUAUGGAUUGACCUAGGGCAUGCUUCAUGUUUGUGAGAAGGGAGUACCCAGGCAGCUGAGUAGUCCACUUGUCAGGUUGCAGCAUGACCAUUGCAUAUUUUUCGUGAAGAGAUUGUACAGACUGCAUUUCUGGUGCAAUUUUUGUGAGAAGACAUGCUAUGAUGAGUGCGCUCAUAUGUCAGUGUCUAAGAGUUAAUGUGUACUGAUAAAGUUACUGCCAUCUGUUGCAAGUUUGAGGAAGUAAAGAUCAAGGUGAAAAGCGAGAUCCUUUUGAGGAAGUACUUACAGAGAAAUAAGGACUUGAUCUGCUAAAUUCUUGAACAUUGAUUCCCCUGCCCCUUGGGGGGGUGUGCUCAGUCAGUUGGUCUUGUCGUGAUAUUGGAUUAAAAAAUAUGGAAGUUUGAAGCCAGUUGUCACAGGUGCUGCAACUUACUCUUUACUGAGGUGAUUCUUUUUCCAGUUACCCCAUUCUGUUUUUGGGAUGAAGGAGAUUAAAGAUUAGUUGCUUGGCAUUUGUUUGUAAUUUUCUAGGCAUUUGUUUGUAUUAGGAAUGUAUCAAAUAACUUCCAAUUCAAUUCCCUCCCCCGCACCCCCCACCACCAGGCCUGCAGCGCCUACCCGAGAGAGAGAGAGAGAGAGAGAGAGAGAGAGAGUCCACUGCUACAAAUGAUAACAUGGAACACAAGCCUUGUGCACAGAAUGCAAACUAUAUUCAUCUUGAAAUGGAUAUCCUUUUCUUGAUGUUGUAACUGUAAUGGAUAGAGGAACAUGUGUUCACAGGUAGCAUAGUUGGUCUCCAUUUUGAGGUCUUAAAACUUAUCCACGCUCUUGCCCAAAAAAAAAAAAAAAAAAAAAACUUAGCCAUGCUUCGAUGCAAGAAGAUGGAGGUUGUGGAAGGCAGGUAUCUAAGCAGUCUUUCGGUUAUUUCCCACUGGUAACAAAGGUCUACGAGUUCCUGUAAUACAUAUCUUCUUCUUCUUCUUCUUCUUCUUUUUUUUUUUUUUUUUUUUUUUGGGUUUGGGUGUCUGAGAAAUUAUGGGGGAAGGGGUCAGUCUAAGUCAAAUUUUGUACAGGAUACUGAGUCUACUAACAUAGUUUGAGAGCUGGCAGCUCUGAGAGUUUUGCUAUGUACAAUGUAUGAUGUGCAUUGAACAACCCUUCAUUUAUUUAAAUAUAUAUUAUAUUAUUUGUCUA